UGAAGGAAAAUUGUUAUGUGAGAUGAGCCUAAUAUUUUUGAGUCUGUGUGUGUGUGUGUGUUUUAGAGUCCAUGGAGUUGUGUUUGGAUGCUGACUCUCCUAUGACCACAGCUGUUGUUCCCUGCACGCCAGAAUUUUACCAGUCCCAUAGAUCACAGGCAUACUCGAUGCGCUCCUCCCCGCGAGGGCUGGCUCUGGUGCUGAGUAACGUGAGGUUUGACUCAAACACUGAUUUAGGCGUCCGAAGGGGAGGAGAAGUGGAUGAGGAGACACUGAGGAGACUCUUUAUGGAGCUGGAUUUCACAGUCAGCCUACACAAAGACCUAACGGCGGAUACAAUGUGCAGGUAUCUAGAACAGUUUGCCCAGCAGAAGGAGCAUGCAGAGUAUGACUGCACUGUUGUGUGUUUACUGUCACAUGGAGUGGAGGGAUCUGUCUACGGCACUGAUGGACAGCUGCUGGAGUUGGACUGGGUGUUCAAGAUUUUUGAUAACGCCCACUGCCCUCCACUCCAGAAUAAGCCAAAGAUGUUCUUCAUUCAGGCUUGUCGAGGAGAGGAAAUGGACAACGGCGUGGACCAGUUGGAUGGGCAGGAACAGACUCAGUCUCCAGGCUGUGAACAGAGGGAUGCUGGCAGAGAGGGGGAGAGAGACGAUGAAGAGAAAGAGGAGAUAGACAGAGAGAGACUGAGAGUCAAACUGCCCCAGAGAUCCGACAUGAUCUGCGGCUUUGCUACCCUCAAAGGUUUCAGCACUGCUGCAAUGAGAAACACCAAGAAAGGGUCCUGGUUCAUUCAGGAACUGAACACCACAAUCAGACAGAGAGCCAGCGACACACACCUGGCAGACAUACUUGUGCAGGUGAACAAUCAAAUUAAAAGCAGAGAGGGAUACGCACCUGGUUCAGCCCAUCAUCGCUGUAAAGAGAUGUCAGAGUUCACCAGUUCCCUCUGUAAAGACCUCUACCUCUUCCCUAAGUACUACCCCAACAACUAGACACACGCACACAUACAAACACACAUUCCCCAGGCAUGAAGCACAUGCAGAACACACUGCCCUAGGAACUGAUUUUGAUGCAGUAGCAGGAGCUCAGCGCUCGUGUGUGUGUGUGUACAUCCAUCACCUGCUGCAAGCUCAGCACACAACACACAGAGUCAUGUAAUUCUACUUAUACCCGUUAAGAUGUGUCAUCUGUUUCACAUUCCCUAGCACAAUGACAGGUUCAUAGGAUGUGUGUUAUGUACAGUGGAUUUGCCAAGAUGGAUCAGAUUUUUUUUUUUAUCUUCUUGGGUGCACUUAGAAAAUGCAUGAUCAAAAGCAUUCUCCAUUUAUUCCUAUUUUUUUCACCAUUGAAAUAUGCUAAGGAAAGGGUAACGAUGCCAUUUGUGAGUAUAUGUGAAAAAAUCCAUUUGUUUUCCUGAUUUAUAGGGGGAAAUGGGGGUUAAAAA